CCGGAGGACACCCACACCAAAAUCCCGCAGCCCGACGGACCGCCCGACCAACGCCCUCAACUCGGCCCCCCUCGGAGCCUCCCUGGGCACCGGCACUUCAGGCCUGCCCUGCUCCCAGGACCAAACCCUAACCCUAGGUGGCGUGUUCCGGACCCGGACCCCAGAGGCCUGCCACCCAAUUCCUCCCGUGCGUGGCGGCCUCCGACUGCCGGCCGGACUCAGCCUCUCAGCCAGGAGCCCACGCUUGCAUCGGGUGCAGUCUCCUGCCCUCGGAGUGGUGGGAAACAGCAUGCUCCCUUGAGGCCAUUGCCGCUCUCUUGGCCCCUGCAGGCCCCAAACCCAGGGCCCGAGGAGCCUCCUGAGUCCCGCCCUCAAGUCAGGCCCGGGCCGAGCCCGAACCCUAAGCCUCAACCUGCCCCGAAGCCCAGCCUGGGUGCUCAGGCUUCCGGCCGCAGAGGCCUGCUUCCCAAACUGUCCAGACGGGCGAGCCCUGAGCUUCAGCCCACAAUGGCCUCUCCGCCCCCCUGCAUGCCUCCCUGGGGCCACAUCCCCGGCAGGCGCCCACCAGGACCGGGAACCAGGAGGCUGCCGAUCCUGCAGACCCAAGCCCUCAACUCAGCCUUCGGUAGAGGCCACGUCAGCGCGGGCAGCUCGGGCCGGCCGUGCCCCGUCGGCCUAACCCUAACCCUAGGCUGCUUCCUCGGACUUCCGUCCCCAGGGGCCUGGCCCGGCAGCCCGGCACUUGGGGGACUCCCGAUUCACAGCGUCGGACUCUGGGUGCCCCCCACGUGGAAACCGUGCCCUUUGGCCCCGUGUAGAACCCUCCUGGCGGCCCACACCUACAUGCCCCCCCUUCCGACCCACACACCUCCGGAGGACACCCACACCAAAAUCCCGCAGCCCGACGGACCGCCCGACCAACGCCCUCAACUCGGC